AUGACUAUAACAACGGCAGCAACAUACAUCACAUUUAUCACAGACAACAACCCUCAACACAAUCAACACGACAUAUGGAAACUGACAGUAGCGUCAGCACUAACGACACAUCUUAAGUGGAAAGCAGCAGAAAAAGGAGCGCAACAACGACAACGACCACCAAGCGACCGACCGAUCGACCGAACAGCCGACCGAUUGACUGACCGACCGAUCGACGAACAGCCGACCGACCGAACAGCCGACCGACUGACUGACUGA